GAAGCUUGGGUUUUCGAUUUGAUUGGUCGUUCUUGAAUAUUUCUUCCGAGAACUCGCUUGUGUCGCAAGCUCGUGUGUGAAUUUAUUUUUACUUUAUUUAUAAUCGUGUUGAAUUAAAAUUUGUUCGAAAUGUCUUCAAAAACCAAAAAGACUGUGACAUCUUCGUCGAACAUUAGUGUCGUGUCUUCUGUGCAAAGCCCCCCUCAAUCAAGCACUCCUGUUGGUAGCCGCCCUUCGAGUUCAGCCGGCCGGCCCAGCAGUCCCCUAAGUCCUACAAGACACAGCCGCCUUCAAGAGAAAGAUGCUCUGCAAAACCUCAAUGAUCGCUUGGCGGCAUACAUCGACAAAGUGCGCCAGCUUGAGAGUGAAAACUCUGGUCUGCGCCGGGAGAUCCAAACAACACAAGAGGUGGUCACCCGUGAGGUCUCCAACAUAAAGGGAAUGUAUGAACAUGAAUUGCAAGACGCUAGAAAGCUUUUAGACGACACUUCCCGUGAGAAAGCAAAAUUAGAAAUAGAUUUGAAGAGGUUAUAUGAAGAAAACGAUGACCUCAAGAAACGCUUGGACAAGAAGACCAAGGACUGCACCCAGGCUGAGAACCUCGCGCGUCACUACGAGACUCGCUUCACAGAAGAGAGCAACAAAUACAACACCGCUCUCGCAGACAAGAAGAAGGCUCAGGAUGAAGCGAGGGACCUCGCCAAAGAGCUGGAAAAACUGCGCAAGGUGUAUGCUGAUACGCGCAAGACCUUGGAGGAGGAGAUGCUAUGCCGCAUCGACAUGGAGAACACCGUGCAGAGUCUGCGCGAGGAGCUGUCCUUCAAGGAUCAGGUGUUCCAGCAGGAGUUGCAGGAAACGCGCACGCGCCGCCAGGUUGAGAUUUCCGAGAUCGAUGGUCGCUUGGCCCAACAGUACGAGGCCAAGCUGCAGCAGAGUCUGCAAGAACUUCGGGAACAACAAGAGGCAAACAUCAAGGCCAACCGCGACGAGAUCGAGGCCCUUUAUGAGAACAAGUUGAAAAAUCUGCAAGGAGCAGCCAGCCGCAACAGCCAGGCGGCCACGGUGGCAGUGGAGGAGCUGCGUACCAUGCGUACGCGCAUCGACACCCUCAACUCGCAGCUCAACGAUCUCGAGAACAAGAACGCUGCGCUCAGCAACCGUUGCCGCGAGCUGGAGCGGCAGCUGGAGGCAGAGCGCGCGCGGCACGCGGAGGACCUGGCGGCGCUGGAGGCGGAGCUGGCGCGCCUGCGCGACGAGAUGGCGGCGCAGCUGCGCGAGUACGCCACGCUCAUGGACAUCAAGAUCUCGCUCGACCACGAGAUCGCCACCUACCGCACGCUGCUCGAGGGCGAGGAGGACAGGCUGAACCUGACCUCGCAGUCUCCUGGGCGCGAGUCCCGCGCGUCGGCGUCCGGACACAGCAGCGGGCGGCUGACGCCGGGCCGCCGCAGCACGCCGCUGCGCGCGCGCAAGCGCACUCUGCUGGACGAGAGCGAGGAGCGCAGUCUGCAGGACUUCAGCGUCACCGCCAGCGCCAAGGGCGACCUGGAAGUGGCCGAGGCCUGCCCGGAAGGAGCCUUCGUCAAGAUACGCAACAAGGGCAAGAAGGAGCUAAGCCUUGGCGGCUAUCAGAUAAUCCGGAAGGCGGGCGACCAAGAGACGGUGUUCAAGUUCCACCGCACGGUGAAGCUGGAGCCGGGCGCGGUGAGCACCGUGUGGUCGGCCGACGUCGGCGCCGACCACGACCCGCCGCGGGACAUCGUCAUGAAGGGGCAGAAGUGGUUCGUCGCUGAUAACUUCACCACCGCCUUGCUCAACACCGAUCAAGAGGAGGUGGCAGUGUCGGAGCGCCAGCGCCGGCAGCUGAGCACGAGCGCGCAGCGACACCGCGAACUGGCACACAAGUUCCCCCGGAGAGAACAGUUGGGCCCCCUGCGCGAGGGCGAGGAGAACUGCCGCAUCAUGUAACGCCCCGCGCGCCCCCCGCCGGCGCCACAGCCCGGAGCUACGGACUCUGCCCCCAGGGGCUCCCCUCUCACCCCCUACCCUGAACCCUGCUGACCUCGUCUGUCGUCACAUCACCCGAUCAAGCGACUUCACAUUCGCGAUUCCGUAAACUGAUUAUGCUGGAUAGUAUACGCGACUUUUACAGUUACAUUUAAAUCAAGUCAAAUUUAUAUAUUUAAUGACUUUAGUUUUUCUUAUAUUGAUAAUAAAAUCAUGUAUAUUAAAAAACUAAAAUCAUCAUAUAGUAAACACUUGGAAAUCUUGAAGCUAAAAACAGUCAACGGCAAAUCAAGUUAUCCAAAAUCAUUGCAAAUAUGCCGCUGUUGGCGUCGCAUAGAGUUGCAAGGUAACUUGACAUGCGGUUACCUUGUACAUUAAGUGAUAAGAUAUAAAUGCAUAUUACGUUGCAAAAAGUGGUAUAAUGUAUGGCGUUUAUUGAUCGGCUUGGUGAGGCGACACCCUUAGCUAGCCACCUUUUUUAUUUAUUUUAAGUAUUACAUGUCACUAAGUUUGGGUGUAUUCAUUGAGAUUCGCUCUGAAAAUCUAAGUCGAUUGUCCAAAGACCUGGAGAGAGAACUUUUGAAAGACUUCACUGUGCUCGCUCACUGAAUUUACCCGAUCUAUAUUUUAAUUAUAAUUUAUUUCUAGUAAAAUGAAAUAAGUUUAUCCGCAUCUCACAUGAAAUGUAUUAAUGAAAAUAAAAUUAGUGGCUUGUUGAGUACUGGCCAGUUAGAGAGUACCAAACCAACUCUUCACUGGCAUGUAUGGCCUUUUCCUCGUAACUUUUGAAUUUCGGUGAACAAAGUACAAAUUACGUUCACAUUUGGGUAAGUAUAGGUUUAUGAAGAUUUUUAUUAUAAACUCCCACCCUUCACGACACAUGCACUAGUUUGUAAGUACAUAAUUAUAUUGAGAAUUAUAAAAAUAUCCAUCUGAUAUGAGAGCAAAUGGUGUAGAUGAAAUCUACUAAUAUUCAUAAUUCAUUGUGACCUUGGAUUAGAAAAAUCAUUGUAUUAGGUUAAGUGACUUGACAGUAUCCGUGUCACAUUAGUAUAAGCUACAGCUUCCACAUUGCAGAUUUUACAAAAUACAGGUGCAAGUCUCAAAUUAAAAGCUCUCAUUUGACAGAAAGUUAUUAUAUAAUAUUAUGAAUAUAUUUCAUUAAAUCUUUUAUUGUUUGUUUUGUAAGAAUUGUAACCAUGGCAUUUUGUAUUUAGUUGGCAUUUAAUAUUAUUUCUUUUUUGUUUCGAAUCGCAGAGGAUUGAAUCUAAUUGUAUUUGUGUUUGGUUAAUGAGUGAAUCAUGAGACCUUUUUAAUUUGGACCCAUCUUAACUUUUCCAGUUAUAAAUUGUAACAUUAACUACUUAUUACAAAUUAAAUAAUAUUUAGAUUUA